UUACUGAAGUCUUUAAGAGUGUAGCCUAUUUUCUCUCUUGUGACACUGCGAAUAAUAUAUUUAAAAUACUAUUUAUUUUGUUACAUAAAGAAGAAUGAAUGACAUAACCGUAUUUAAAUUAUACGGGAGUUGAAAUUAAAAAGCUGCAGCAAUAAUUGGUUUAAGAAAAUUUGACGCUAACCUUUAUGCUCGCUUGUUUUUAUUUGCACUUCCCCGCUGUGGAAAAAACCACUGAAACUAACCAACCACCAUUGAAAUAAUCGAAUCGACCAUCAGUACACAAAUACAAGGAAGAUGGCCAAAAAAACAUACGAUUUGUUAUUCAAGCUUUUGCUGAUUGGUGAUUCCGGUGUUGGAAAAACAUGUUUACUUUUCAGAUUUUCUGACGAUGCGUUUAAUACAACAUUUAUAUCUACCAUAGGAAUAGAUUUUAAAAUAAAAACAGUUGAGCUUGGUGGCAAAAAGAUAAAGUUGCAGAUAUGGGACACAGCUGGACAGGAGCGUUUCCACACCAUCACUACUUCAUAUUACCGUGGUUCAAUGGGCAUUAUGCUGGUUUAUGACAUUACAAAUAUUAAAACUUUCGACAACAUCUCCAAAUGGCUAAGGAACAUUGAUGAGCAUGCAAAUGAAGAUGUGGAAAAAAUGAUUCUGGGUAACAAAUGUGACAUGGAUGACAAAAGACAAGUUCCAACAGCCAGAGGAGAAGCAAUUGCAAGAGAACACAACAUACCAUUCCUGGAAACCAGUGCUAAAGCAAAUAUUAAUGUUGAAAAGGCUUUUAUGAAUUUAGCACAGGCUAUACUUAACAAGACUCCUGGAAGAGUUUCAGAACCUAGUGGUGUCAACAUAGGUCAGCAAGACCAAGGCUCUAAACGAUGCUGUUGAUUGCUGUGUAUAAAGACAAAUAUGUAUUUGUGCAUAUUAAAACUACAUUGGACUACGGCCCACCUUUAAAGUUUGUUACUUUAUUUAAAGAGCAUAGCUGUCUAUUUACUUUCUGGAAUCAUUUUGUUCUUUUGUUUCCCUCUUGAAAGCUCUUGUCCCUUUUGGCUCUGGUGUUUGAAAAUCCAGUAAAAUAUAAAACUUCUUUGUGAAACCUGAGCUUUAAGGAUUAUUACAUUAACAAAAAAAAAUUUUUAAGAAGCAAACUGAGAAAAUAAACUUGAAUCUAUUAGGUUAUUCUGCGACAAUUUUUAUCUAAUAUUGAUUUAAAAUCUGAAAUGUCAAUAUUAUUAUUUUAUUUCAAAUUGUGUGUAUUAUUUUAGUAAUUAAUAAAUGUAAAUGAAUUAAUCCAUAUUCUGAUUACCAAUUUGCACAAAUAUUUCUGUGGUUAAAAAGCCCAGACUAAAACCAAUAAUUACAUUACAAAGUUUUAAUUGAAAAAUUGUUCAUUCAACUUUGUGCCUAGGGCUUUCAGUUUAUUUAGGCACACCUGAGAUUGCCUGUUUGCUUCUGCUAGCUAAUGCGUAGAACUGAACAUUUUUUUUGUUUAGUUUGCUUAUUGUUAAAGGCGUUACAGCCUUAUUUUUUUAUCCCUGUCUGUAUUUUAUGUGGUUUGGAACAUAUUAAAACAGUCACCUUUUUUCCUGGUUAAACUCCGUGUUGUCUUUUUGCUUUUGAUGCUAUAUUAAAACUAGAGCUUUUCACCUUAAAUAAAAAGAUUCAGCCUAGUGUCAAUUACAUUAGCCACAUUGUUUAUGUAGUUUUUUUUUUUUUCAGGAUGGUUUUAGUUUUUUUUUUCUUGUUGGCUUAUCUGUAAAUUACACAUACCUUUCUUAGUUGUUUAUAAGUUAAAGAAUUUAAUUACUUGUUUGUUUUUCAAUAAAUAGUCUAUGCUGAAUGAAUGAGACUAUCAUUUGUGAUAUGUAUGAAUUUUGACAACCAAAUGACAGACUGAACUAGUGAACUUGUGAGUGGGUUAUAUAUAUAUUGAUUAAAUUUGGAGACAGGUUCGGUUUGUAUAGUAAAUCUCUGAUUGAAUAUAAGAUUUUUUAAUACAUUUGUUGUUGUAGUUGGGGUGUGCUUCUUGACCUGUGGACAAGAAUAUUCUUGUUGUAUAGAGAAUUGUAAAUUACAUUUCUUUUUUUUUUUCCUAGAGUCAGUUUCUCUAGUUUAAUUUCUGCACUAUUUUCAAAGUUGCUUGUUUUGAAUAAUUUAUCUAUUAAUUUAGUAUUUUCAUAUUGCAGUCAGAUUUUAUUGUUUACACUCAGUAGGAACUUUUGUUUUAUUAUUAUUAUUUUUUUAAUACACAUUUUUUAAAAGUCAUUCAGUAUGCCAUAAAAGAUAAUUUAUGUACAGUAAAAAUUAUCAAUAUUUUGUGGAGACCAAUCUUAAAAUAACAACCUUGUUAUAAUUUAUUUUAAAUCUCACAUAAUAUUAUAGCAAAAUUAAAACUAAUUACUGUCGUAUUAUAAAUCCUUUUAUACUGCAUGGCUAUUUAAACAAAACUAUACGUCUGUAUCCAGUAAAAGUUACUGUAAUUAAUAAUUAUCUUUAAAUACCUCAUGGUAUAAUGGUUCAUAAUAACAGUAUAUAAAUUAAAUAAUUUUUUUGUUUUAUUUAUAAUAUGCCAAUUUAUCUGUGUCAGUAAGAAAUUAUUUUAGUAAACUUUGCAACCUGUUUUUAUUUUUAAAGUUUGAGCUUUUUAAAAAUCCCGACUUCGAAGUACUUUGUUUUACACAAGCUCCAUUGGUCAAAGAAAAUAAAGUCUAUAAUUCACUACCAAUAUCAUUGUUUAAUUUUUAUAAAACUCAUGGUAGUUAAAUUCCAUGUCUUUUUUUUAUCUUUUCUUUUUCACUGCCAUCUGCUCCCUCUAUAUAUUUUAUCAUGGUUGGUUGACAUUUAGCUUUCAUUUAAUCUUUGUAAUAAUUUCAAAAUUUUUUAAAACACUGAACCUGUUUUUUGACACUAGAAGGACCACUAAAAAGUCAAUUAAAAGGAUAUAUAUAUUGGUAUAUAUAUACAUAUAUAUGUAUGAAUAUAUACAUCUAAAAUAUAUACAUGCUUAUAUAUAAUAUAAAACAUUCUUAAAAUGUGUAUUUUCUUUUAAAAUAAGUGGGGAUAUCUUUUGGUUCAAAUAAUGUUAAAUCUCAUCAAUAGAUGUGUUAAAAGCUGUACAUUGACCAGAAUUUCUCUGCAAUAACUGUAUGAUGAUGAUAUUCAAUACAAUUUGUAUAUGGUUGUCCAUUGUUCCUGCCAGUAAGACUAAUAUUGUUCUAGUUGCAUUUUAGAAUUUAGGAAAAUAUUUUGUAAUAUUAAUAAUGUACUAUUUCUAUAACACCAUAUUUCUUAGUCUAUUCCUUUUGGGGAUUUUGGACACUGUUCUAUUCCUGCUCUACCUUGAUCGACUUUUUUCUUUUCUAUUUCAAAAUUUGUGACUGCCUUUGAAGUGUUUAGUUUAAAUUAGGGUAACAAAAAAUUUAUUUUGAAAAAACUGUGCUCCUUGAGCCAAAAUUCUAGAUACGAAUGUGUACUUCUUAAGUCUUUCUAUUCUACAUAACUGCUCUAUGACUGCACACAUUGUAUGCUUGGGCACUAAACAAUGUAAUUAAAAAAUCCUGUUGCCACCCAUUCUUGUUAAACAGAAUUUUCAUUCCUUUCUAUUUUUUAACCAUUAUUUGUUCAUUUUUUUGGGUAGAUUAAAAAUACAAAAAACUGCUGUAAAUGAGAUUGAUUUUACCUGGCUGGGAGAGUAUGUUUUGUUUAAAAUUAGGCUCAAGAGAACAAACUUUUCACUCCUGAUUUCAAUAACCAAGCUAAAAAGAUUCAAAAAGUUUUAUUACUAUUACACCAGUAACUUCAUUAUUUACUUCAUAUACAUUCACAUAUUGUAAUCUUUUUGGUGUGUCAGUCUUGUAUGUUGCUUGAACGAUCAAGGUGAUAUUUUUUUGUUAGUUCAACGUGCACAAAGUGAAAAUGGUUUUGGUCUAAAUUAACCUGCAUAGAUAGCAGCCACUAAGUUUUUAUCUUAAUAGUCAACUUAUUCAAUUUGUUUUAAUACUGAACGUGCCUUUGUGUUAUGUAAAGAUAUAAGUUUAUUUUAUAAUUAAUAGAGAAUUGCUUUUGAUAGUUAACCAUAAAUAUGCUAAUUAGUUGGCUAAAUCUGUGGUUCACCAUUGCUCCUAGUAUUUUUGUCAAAUCUAUUUUUUAAAAAUCUUUUAAGCACAAGAAAUAUUUUUCAAGGUUUACUCGUAAUUGGAUUAAAAGGACUACUACUAGGGGGUUUGUAAAAAAAUUUUAGUUGGUAUUUUUGAAAAAUAAUUGAUUUAUUUUGAAAUAUUUGUUUGUACUAGAACUGUGAUUUAACUAAGUGUAAACACAAUAAUGGGCUGGGGAUUUGUAUACAUUUUAUUUGAAAUUUUUUCCCCAGUGUGCUGCAAAUGUGAACAUUCAUUUUUGGAAGAACUUACUGUAACAGUUAAUUGUCAUUCUGCUUGUUUGUGUGCUAUACCCUAAUGGUUACAAGCAGCCUUUAGGAUGUGCAACUAUUCUUAUUUGUGUUCUGUGUAGUUUAUUUUGUUCUGUUUACAUUCAAAUAAAAUUCAUCAUUUCAAAGUUGUUUUUUUAAAUUAUA